UGUUCCUGACCCAGCAUGGGGCGUCCCGUGGGGCCCUCGCGCCUCCUCCGCGUCCCACACCCUCUCCUCUGCCUGCUCUGCCUCCUCCCGCCGCUGCUCAGAGCAGCUGCGCCACGCCAGGCACCCGGAGACCAGCGCCCGUGGGCAUUGCUGGAGCAGUACUGCCACACUGUCACCACCCUCGCCAACCUGUCAGGUCCCUACUCCUACUGCAAUACGACCUUGGACCAGAUCGGGACAUGCUGGCCUCGGAGCGCGGCUGGAGCCCUGGUGGAGAGGCCGUGCCCCGAGUACUUCAACGGCGUCCAGUACAACACCACGCGAAAUGCCUACCGAGAGUGCUUGGAGAAUGGGACGUGGGCCUCGCGGAUCAACUACUCACAGUGUGUGCCCAUUCUGGAUGACAAGAGGAAGUACGGCCUGCACUACCACAUCGCCCUCAUGGUCAACUACCUGGGCCACUGCGUUUCCAUGGCAGCCCUCGUGGUCGCUUUCCUGCUUUUCCUGGCCCUGCGGAGCAUUCGCUGCCUUCGGAAUGUGAUUCACUGGAACCUGAUCACCACCUUCAUCCUGCGCAACGUCACGUGGCUCCUGCUGCAGCUUGUGGACCACGAAGUGCACGCAAGCAACGAGGUCUGGUGCCGCUGCAUCACCACUGUCUUCAACUACUUCGUGGUGACAAACUUCUUCUGGAUGUUCGUGGAGGGCUGCUACCUGCACACGGCCAUCGUCAUGACCUACUCCACCGAGCGCCUGCGGAAGUGGCUCUUCCUCUUCAUCGGCUGGGGCAUCCCCUGCCCCAUCAUCGUCGCCUGGGCCCUUGGCAAGCUCUACUAUGAGAACGAGCAGUGCUGGUUUGGGAAGGAGCCCGGUGACCUAGUGGACUACAUCUACCAGGGCCCCAUCAUCCUUGUGCUCCUGGAUCCUAAUGACAAAAUUACGGGCAUCCACCACCUCAGAGACAAUCCAGUACAGGAAGGCGGUGAAGGCCACCCUGGUUCUCCUGCCCCUUCUGGGCAUCACCUACAUGCUCUUCUUCGUCAACCCUGGGGAGGACGACCUGUCGCAGAUUGUGUUCAUCUACUUCAACUCCUUCCUGCAGUCAUUCCAGGGCUUCUUUGUGUCUGUCCUCUACUGCUUCUUAAAUGGAGAGGUGUGCUCAGCCGUGAGGAAGAGGUGGCACCGGUGGCGGGACCAUCACUCCCUCCGCGUCCCCGGGGCCCGGGCCAUGUCCAUCCCCACCUCACCCACACGGAUCAGCUUCCACAGCAUCAAGCAGACGGCCACUGUAUGACCCCGCACGUCACCCACCUGGCCCCUCACGCCACAGCGGGGGCGGCUUCCCCAUCCUCCUCCUCCGCCCUCUCCGGGCCCUCCUUGCCGGAGCCCUGGUGGGGUCACAGGGAGGGGACGCCCACUCUCCAGCCUGGGCAGCACAGGGCUCUGAGGGACCAGGGCAGCUGAGCCAGAGCAGAGCGGAAAAGUCACAGGGAGCCCCCGGAAGGGAGGGACACGUGUCUUCAGGCAUCUGUGCCCACCGGUGCUGGACGGGCAGGGAGCCCGCAUCAGCCCCUCAGGCCAGCCCGUUCAGACUAGGAAACAGGCCAGAGCCAGGGCCUGCCCAGGUCCCACAGCCAGUUCGAGGAUCCCUGGCCCCUCUGCCCCACGCGUGUGUGGGCCUUCCUGCCAGCUGCAGGGUGAUGUGUGGCCCUGCUCGCCACCUGCAGCCUCCCCACUCAGGGGCGCCCUCUGCAGUCGGGAGGAGGCACAGCAGCUGGAGUAAAGGAUACGUUUGGAGGGCUUCACCCCAGGGCCUCUCACCUGGAGAAGCCUGGUCUACACCGUCUGCACCCCGAUCUGGCCGUGCCCCUGCCCCUGCGCCUUCCUGAAGAACGCUGACUCCUCUCUGGGAGCCCUCAGCCUAGUCCACAGACUUAAGGGCUUGGGGAGGGACAAGCGGGGAGGGAGACAUGGCCAGGACAGCCACACUUAGGCCAAUCGGAUACAUCGUGCAGGACAAAACGGGGAGAAACAUGGGCACGGGCUGGGACAAGGCGUGGGCUAGAAACACAGAAACAAAAGUGUGCCUUUCGUGACUGGAGCUCAUUCCCCGGCCCCCACCCGCGCCUAGACCCCAGCCGCACCUUCGGAAGCAACGGCUGCUCCCCGUGGAAUAAACCACGCCCCGUGGAAACAGCCCUGCAGAGGUGAUGGGCCAGGCACCCGAAGGGGUGCUGUGGGCCAAGGACGGUGGGCUGGAUCCAUCUGGACUCCGGCGCUGGCCUGGGGCCAGUGCUCUCUGACCUGUGUGCCCGCAGGUCUGACCCUUAUCAUUCCCCAAGACGACACCUGCCCCUCCUCCCCAACCAAGGGCGGUUGAAUUCAGCACAGAGGAGAGGUUCUGGAAUCUGGAGGGACAGAUGGACAAGGCCCAUGCCCGGGC